GUAGCAAUCCGCUUCGGUUGUAUACUGUGUACUGCAUGUUGAUGGAAUCGUGAUUGAAAUCAAUUGAAAGAAAGAUCCCAGCGCAUCUUUCUAAAGAUCGUCACCGAUUUCAAAAACGCUCCUGAAGCGAUCCCGGGUAGGCAGCCGAUUUGCCAUGCACGUAAGAUCAAGAAGAAAGACGUAGAAGAUCUACAGGAGAGAUUGCUGUGAAAAUCUAAAUGUUAAAAGAAGCGAUCUUGUGUGAAAAUCUAAAUUCCGUGAUAGAUACACAGAGGUGACUGUUGAUCCCCAAAAAAAUCAAUUCCGAUCCCAAUCGAGAUUUGUUCCGUGUGAUAAUCUAAAGAUCCUAAAUGCGGCCGCGCAAGCUGUAAGGCUGAUCUCUUCGUGAUGUCCUCUAUAUCGAGCCAAGCGCCCUUAAACGACUCAAUAGAGACCUGAACUCUACUUGAUUGUCAACUUUUUCUUCCAGGGAACGGUUUGAGGUUAGUAACUCAGUGACCAGCAGUCUAAUUCAAAAUGGCUGACCAACACGAAAAGGCCUUCCAGAAGCAGGAUGCCGUCUUCAUCGGCGCCAAGCGUACCACCACCGGAAAGAAGGCCGGCAAAGUGGUGAGGGAUAAUUUUUGGCUUCUGCUGCGUUCUGAUCGCCGCUUUUUUAGGUUUACCGCAUAGUGGACCGCAAAAAUUUUGAUUUCGCUCCUAAAAUCAUAAGCUAAAGAUCGUCAACCCUGAAAAACUCUCUGCAGGUUCGCUACUGGAAGAACGUGGGUCUGUCCUUCCAGACCCCGAAGGAGGCCAAGGAGGGCCGCUACGUCGACAAGAAGUGCCCGUUCACCGGCAAUGUUUCCAUCCGUGGUCGCGUGCUUAAGGGUAUGUGCAUCUCCGCUAACAAGAUGAAGAACACGAUCGUGAUGCGCCGAACGUACUUGCACUACAUCAAGAAGUUCAACCGUUUCGAGAAGCGCCACACCAACAUCCCGGUGCACUGCUCCCCGGCCUUCGACGUGAAGGAGGGUGACGUCAUCACCGCCGGCCAGUGCCGUCCGUUGUCUAAGACGGUAUAAUUUCGUUUGCCUUUUAUUUAGAUUGUUGUGACCGAUGGUUAGGGCUUGUCUCUGUCUCAUGGCACGUGCACGUGUGAUGUUCCAGUUUGACCAUGCGCAUCGGUUGAAAUGACACUUGCUCAGGGUUGUUCCGAGUGGGACAUCCAACAACUGUACAUUCGUAGUUUCAGCCAAACAACAAAAAUCGCCUUCACACUCCGGAUUUUUUCGCAAACUUUGCUUCAAAACUACAAAACAGGUCAAGUUCAACGUCCUGAAGUGCGAGGCCAACGUGAUCUUCGGUGCCGCCCGCAAGCAGUUCCGUCUCUUCUAAGGGCAACGAAUGAGUGGACACCUGUCGUGUUGAAGGACUCAUGCUGUUUUUGAAAACACCUCUUUAGAAGUCACUGAGGAGAGUCACUAACCACAAAAGAAAGGAGAGCGUCGCUCCCACGCGAAUGCCGAGUGGUUUUCUGGUGCC